AUGACGCCGGGACUCAGCGCCGGGACUCAGCGCCGGACUCAGCGCCCGACUCAGCGCCGGGACUCAGCGCCGAUCAGCGCGGGACUCAGCGCCGGGACUCAGCGCGCCAGACUCAGCGCCGGACUCAGCGCCGGACUCAGCGCCGGACCGCCCGGGACUCAGCGCCCGGCUCAGCGCCGGGACUCAGCGCCCAGACUCAGCGCCCAGACUCAGCGCCCAGACUCAGCGCCCAGACUCAGCGCCCAGACUCGCGCCCAGACUCAGCGCCCAGACUCAGCGCCCAGACUCAGCGCCUCAGACUCAGCGCCCAGACUCAGCGCCCAGACUCAGCGCCCGACUCAGCGCCGGACUCAGCGCCCGACUCAGCGCCCGGACUCAGCGCCGGACUCAGCGCCCAGACUCAGCGCCCAGACUCAGCGCCCAGACUCAGCGCCCAGACUCAGCGCCCAGACUCAGCGCCCAGACUCAGCGCCCAGACUCAGCGCCCAGACUCAGCGCCCAGACUCAGCGCCCAGACUCAGCGCCCAGACUCAGCGCCCAGACUCAGCGCCCAGACUCAGCGCCCAGACUCAGCGCCCAGACUCAGCGCCCAGACUCAGCGCCCAGACUCAGCGCCCAGACUCAGCGCCCAGACUCAGCGCCCAGACUCAGCGCCCAGACUCAGCGCCCAGACUCAGCGCCCAGACUCAGCGCCCAGACUCAGCGCCCAGACUCAGCGCCCAGACUCAGCGCCCAGACUCAGCGCCCAGACUCAGCGCCCAGACUCAGCGCCCAGACUCAGCGCCCAGACUCAGCGCCCAGCAGACUCAGCGCCCAGACUCAGCGCCCAGACUCAGCGCCCAGACUCAGCGCCCAGACUCAGCGCCCAGACUCAGCGCCCAGACUCAGCGCCCAGACUCAGCGCCCAGACUCAGCGCCCAGACUCAGCGCCCAGACUCAGCGCCCAGACUCAGCGCCCAGACUCAGCGCCCAGACUCAGCGCCCAGACUCAGCGCCCAGACUCAGCGCCCAGACUCAGCGCCCAGACUCAGCGCCAGACUCAGCGCCCAGACUCAGCGCCCAGACUCAGCGCCCAGACUCAGCGCCCAGACUCAGCGCCCAGACUCAGCGCCCAGACUCAGCGCCCAGACUCAGCGCCCAGACUCAGCGCCCAGACUCAGCGCCCAGACUCAGCGCCCAGACUCAGCGCCCAGACUCAGCGCCCAGACUCAGCGCCCAGACUCAGCGCCCAGACUCAGCGCCCAGACUCAGCGCCCAGACUCAGCGCCCAGACUCAGACUCAGCGCCAGACUCAGCGCCCAGACUCAGCGCCCAGACUCAGCGCCACUCAGCGCCCAGACUCAGCGCCCAGACUCAGGCGCCCAGACUCAGCGCCCAGACUCAGCGCCCAGACUCAGCGCCCAGACUCAGCGCCCAGACUCAGCGCCCAGACUCAGCGCCCAGACUCAGCGCCCAGACUCAGCGCCCAGACUCAGCGCCCAGACUCAGCGCCCAGACUCAGCGCCCAGACUCAGCGCCCAGACUCAGCGCCCAGACUCAGCGCCCAGACUCAGCGCCCAGACUCAGCGCCCAGACUCACGCCCAGACUCAGCGCCCAGACUCAGCGCCCAGACUCAGCGCCCAGACUCAGCGCCCAGACUCAGCGCCCAGACUCAGCGCCCAGACUCAGCGCCCAGACCAGCGCCCAGACUCAGCGCCCAGACUCAGCGCCCAGACUCAGCGCCCAGACUCAGCGCCCAGACUCAGCGCCCAGACUCAGCGCCCAGACUCAGCGCCCAGACUCAGCGCCCAGACUCAGCGCCCAGACUCAGCGCCCAGACUCAGCGCCCAGACUCAGCGCCCAGACUCAGCGCCCAGACUCAGCGCCCAGACUCAGCGCCCAGACUCAGCGCCCAGACUCAGCGCCCAGACUCAGCGCCCAGACUCAGCGCCCAGACUCAGCGCCCAGACUCAGCGCCCAGACUCAGCGCCCAGACUCAGCGCCCAGACUCAGCGCCCAGACUCAGCGCCCAGACUCAGCGCCCAGACUCAGCGCCCAGACCAGCGCCCAGACCCAGCGCCCAGACCCAGCGCCCAGACCCAGCGCCCAGACCCAGCGCCCAGACCCAGCGCCCAGACCCAGCGCCCAGACUCAGCGCCCAGACUCAGCGCCCAGACUCAGCGCCCAGACUCAGCGCCCAGACUCAGCGCCCAGACUCAGCGCCCAGACUCAGCGCCCAGACUCAGCGCCCAGACUCAGCGCCCAGACUCAGCGCCCAGACUCAGCGCCCAGACUCAGCGCCCAGACUCAGCGCCCCAGACUCAGCGCCCAGACCCAAGCGCCCAGACCCAGCGCCCAGACCCAGCGCCCAGACUCAGCGCUGGGGUUAA